AUGAAUCCUUAUGCUUCUCGUUUAAAAUUGUAACCCAUAAAAAAUCUCAAUAAAAGGUCAAUUGACCUAGAUUUAAUUGAAUUAGAGAAAAUACACUUCGUAAAUAGGAUGGAAAAAAUGAUUAAAUCUAAGAGUAUUUCUCCAGAAGUUCGAACUCCAACAUUUUCUAAAAGCCUAGAUAAGAAAGAUGGCAUAAAGGAAGGCUUCCCUAAAAAAGUGAAAAAUAAUAAUAAGAGAUUGCUCAAAAUAUAUGAUGAAAGUAAGGAAAGUGAAAAUAAUGAACAAUCAACUUUUCCAUGUACCUAAUAAACCAAAAAGCUAUAAUAAACAAAUGAUAGACGACAAAAAUUAUGA